AAAAAAUUUCAAGAAAGGAAGGAGGAAGGGAAAAAUAAUUCCUUAGAAAGAGAAUAUGAUAGAGAAAAUCACAUUAUAUUGAUAGACCUGUUCUUAAGCAUAGGCUGAAGACUCUCUAAAAUGUUAAAUAUUGAAAAAAGGCGUUAGCUUCAUUUACAUUUAUAUGGCGCAUUUACAUUUUAUUUUACGUCUUCAUCGUCACGCGAAUUUACGCCGGCGUCAAAAAAGUUGCGUCAACUACGUCGCGAGCGUACUCGUAUGGACGGACCUUAAUUUUCCACAUAUUAUAAGGAGGAGGUAUCGUUAAAUGGAAAGGCACUUUAAAGUAGCUGUUGGAGAGUAUCCGCCUUUCCUGCUUCUUGAUAGGCAAAAUAGCAGUGUAAGUAUGUCUGGACCACUAGCUGAAGCCUUCAAUUUACUGUCCCGACGUUUGAAUUUCACAUACACAUUAUACCGAGUUCCUGGAGACACGUGGGGUAUAAAAAGACCAGAUGGAUGGACAGGAAUGCUAGGAAUGUUAUGGAGAAAAGAAGUUGAUUUGGCACUUGGUCCAUUUUCACUGUCUUACAGCCGUUGGUCUUCGUUUCCGAUGUCGAUGCCCAUGUAUGUAGACAAUGUACAAAUUUUAGUACCAUCUUUUCAGUGGGAAUUAGAAUUAUUCAGUAUGGCCAAGAUAUUCAACCUUGAUAUCUGGAUUUCCAUAUUUUUUUCUCUCAUUGCUAUGAGUCUUGCGACAACCAUUGCUGACAAACUUUAUGAUAAUUCAACUUCUUUCAAGUAUGCGUUUUUCAAAAACAUGUGGAACGCUUCAACAUUUCUACUUCAAAAAGGAAGAACACUUAGGCCUAAAGGAAGUUAUUAUGCCAUUCUUGGAGGAAUCUGGAUGAUAGGAGCUGCCAUACUUGCUUAUAUUUUCAGCGCAAUGGUUCUGACAAAUCUCUUUCUGCGUGAAGUUCGUCAAAUUGAUUCACUUAAUGAUCUCGUAGCUGCAAAGGAUAUUCAACCCAUUGUAGAACGGGACUCAUCAAUAUUUGGGGUCUUUAAAGAUGGAAAAGCAGAGAUUUAUCAGUCGCUGUUCAAGAAGGUUAUUCAGAAUCCUGAUAGUAUCAUGAAGUACGACGACAUGAGCACUGUUGGGAUGGAACGUGUUCUAAAAGGGUCAUUCGCUCUUAUAUCCGAUGAAAUGGGUUUAAAAAGUUUUUUGGCUAAGAGGUACAAAGAUGGACUUCGCUGCAAUUAUCGCUUAGGUAAACAUCCAGCCUGGACUCUUUGGAAAUCUCUAGCCUUUAAUAGUAACUUCUCUAAGAAAUGGAUUCAGAAGAUUAAUCGAUUGUUCAUACGUACAAUUGAAUCCAACUGGUUGCAACGGCGUAUGGAAAAAGAAUAUGUUGGAUAUACCGAAUGCCUAACAAGUGGAAACUCUGAAGUAGAAAGCUUAGGUUUGGCGCACACAAAAGAUGCUUUCCUCUUUUGGAGUAUAGGAUGCAUAUUUGCUGUUAUUGCACUGCUAUUAGAACUUUUCAUUAAGCAUCAUUAGACUUUUUUAUGUUUAUUUCCGUUAUAAACUAAAAUACACAUUACUAAAAUACUGAAUCAUACAUAAUAGAACCUAUCGUUAGUGGCCAUCACGGGACAAGAUUUUGUAGUUAUCAGGAAGUAUUUGCUAAAUGAGAGACACUGAAAUAUGAGACAAUCCAUUUGUCUCAUAUUUCAGUAGUACAAGGAUUCAGGAAUUAUUCGUUGAUAUGAAACAGCUGUUAAAAGAGUUUCGACUAUAAUUAAAUCAAUGGUGUAAAGCAAUUGAAUAAAAAUGACAAGAAUACUGAAAUACAGAAUGACUCUUAUCAUA